AGAACACGUGCAAGUAUCCUCGACAACGGAGUUCCCGAAGAACGUGUACAUAUAGUGCUCGGUGAUCUUACUGAUGAAGAGGUUCAGAAAAGAUUAGUGGAGAGUACGAUAGCACGAUGGGGUCAUUUAGAUGUAUUGGUGAAUAGUGCUGCGGCGUCUAUUACAAAUGGAAAAAGAGGAUUCGAAGCAGACGAUGACGCUUACAUGAAGACGAUGGAUGUCAAUCUGAAGAGCGUCAUGCAACUUGUUCGCCUAGCUCGGCCAUACCUGAUUCAUAGCCAAGGCGAAAUUGUCAACGUGAGCAGCAUCUCGGCACUGAAAUUUGGCAUAAAGUACGAUCCCUACUAUGCGAUUUCGAAGGCGGGUCUUGACCAGCUCACUAGAUCGCUCGCCAUUGACCUAAUCGAAUAUGACGUGCGAGUUAACGGAGUGAGUCGUCCUCACACUGAGAACUUCUUCAAGUCUUCUCACAUUGACAUUUCUACGUCAGAAGGAGAUUCAGAAACCGAUCUGGAAUUUUUCACAGAUUUUUCCAAGCAAUGGGUAAGGGACUACAAGCAAAGGAGCCCACGUAUACCGAUGAGAGACAUACGAGCAGCAAACUUGAAUGAACAUCAACGAGCCCUCAAGGGACGAGAAAAGAAGAAAAUAGGAAAAGAAAGACGGAAAAUAAGAGUGAAAUUCGAUCCAUUCAGUCAGCCAACUUUUUCAUCCUAA